AUGUUGAAAUUCGAGCCUCGUAAUAGAGCAUUGUUGGCGAUCAAAGAAGAUCGGAUAAGGAAUAAACAACGAAAAUAUAAUUGGCACAUGAGCGGGAAUAAAGAAAGUAAUAUUGGUAUAAGCAUUCCAGUUGCUUCUCAACCUGAAACUUCCUCAAAACCUUCACAGAAUACUGCUCUUAUUCAGAUACAUUUGUCAACUGGUCAAGCUAUUCGUGAAAAAUUUUCCUCAUCUACGAAAUUUCUAAUUUAUUUGGAUGAGUAUCUAAUGAAGAAUGAGCCAAAAAUGUCUCAAUUACUUACAGGGAUUAUCAAAGGAUUCUGUAAUGAUGACGAUGAUGAAUAG